UUAUUGUCGCGCGCGCAAAGCUUAAUAAACUCGCGGGAUUUAAUGUUGUAGCAACCGGGUGUGAGGAAACGCCGCUAAAGUUCAUUUAUUUGCUCUAACACGCUUGAAACGUCUCGCUCUCGUUGGAAAACAAACUCAAAAGUAGGAGAUGAUUAUGCUUAUCUGAAAGUAACAGAAUAUUUAAGAAAAAAAAAAAAUAUAUUUAAAAAUAACGACGGAGAAUGGACGACAGCCGUGAGGCAAACGAAAGUUUGGGCGAAGGCGAAGGCUCGUGCAGCGGCGCUGACGAUCAGGAGAAAGAUCCGGGGAACAAUGUCACCUGUGCAGAGCACUCACUACCACUGAGGGAGCUGUAUCCUUAUAUUCGUUGUGCUCUCUGCAAUGGCUUCUUCAUCGAUGCCACCACCAUCACUGAAUGCCUUCAUACAUUCUGUAAAAGUUGCAUUGUCAAGCACUUCUUCUACAGCAACAGGUGUCCCAACUGUAGCAUCAUUGUUCAUCAAACACAACCACUAUACAAUAUAAGACCUGACAGGCAGUUACAAGAUAUUGUUUAUAAGACAGUUCCAUAUUUAGAGGAAGUGGAAAGAGCACGAAUGUGUGCGUUUUACAAAGAGAGAGGUCUGCCAAUCCCAAAACCAGCAGGCCAAAGUAUGCUUCCAUUAAAAUAUCUGAAACAGAAACAGAGAGACCAUAUGCCACAGUCUGUUUUCACCAUUCCUCCAGAGCUUGAUGUGUCACUAAUGUUGGAUUUUGUUGGAGCUGAAGAGGGCAUUGAUAAUUAUAAGCCACUGGACAGAAAGUAUAUCCGUGUCUCAGGUGAAGCCACUAUUCGUCACGUGGAGCUCUUUAUCAGAAGGAAGAUGGAAUUGAGUCCAAAUUUGAAGGUGGAUGUUGUUUGUGGAGAGCAUCUCUUAGAGCAGUGUCAGUCUUUGAGAGAAGUGCAAAGCUCAGUGGGAGAAAAUGCCCUACAUGAUGGAAUGCUGGUUUUACAGUUUGGUCUUGUGCUGUCGACUCAGUGACGAGUGAUUUAUUUAAAUGCCUAGUAACAGGGAACAAAGUAAGGGCUAUUCUGUACUUUGUGUGUAGCACACUGCUUACUGCCUCCUUUUAAAACAGUUCUCAGUUGUUUAACAGUUCUUUUCCAUGUUCUCAAUUUGUAUGGAUUCUUUAAUGCAGUUUUGUAAUUUAUAGAAAAAAAAACAGCAAAGAGAGACUGUACAGACAAAAAUGAACCGUUUCUUUUGUAAUGAUACACAUCCAAUGAAUUUGUUUUCCACCCAAUAAAUAUAUAUUUGAAUAU